UCGACUGAUGUAGUAGAGCACAAAGUAAUUUUUAAUUUCAAAUAUCACAUUAACGAUGAAAUAUGUUGAUAUAUUCCUCUGUACAUAUUUAAUAUUUUGUGAUAAGGCAGAAAUGUAAAAUGGUGCCAAUUUUAAUGAUGAUGCAUACUUUGGCUAGUAAACGACGUAUUGCGAGGCAGCAAAGUGAAAUAAAAUCAUCAAAAAUGGAUUGUUGUAGGACUUGUCUAAGUACUGAUAAUCUUAGUGAUAUAUUUACUAGUAAGGAAACGAUUAUAAAACGGACGCAAGAUUUGAAGCUUACUACAGGCUUGAAGAUUAAUUACCAAGAUGGCUUAUCACAGAAAAUAUGCAAAAUGUGUUCAGAUAUAAUAAGAAUGGCAUUAAAAUUCCGUAGAAAAAGUCAUAAAGCGGAAAAAACCUUGUUAAACAUGAAACAUAAAGAUAUUAAAACAGAAAAAAUAUGUGAUAAUGUGAUUGAGAAAAAAGAUCAUAUGGCAACAAAUGAUUAUAGUUAUAAUUAUUAUGAUGACGAUUUUCACAAUCAGGAUUAUGAUGACGAAAAACCUAAGGAAGUUAAACAGAAAAUCCUACUCAAGAAAAAGCGUGCAAAAGUACCAAUAGCAACAUCAUAUAAGUGUAAUACAUGUAAUAAGGAAUUUCGUAUGAAGGCAACAUAUAGAGCGCACAUGCGAUUUCAUACUAACUUCUGUGUUUGUGAGGCCUGUGGCAAACGGUGUAGAAAUAAUAACCAAUUACAAGAGCAUAAACGAGCCAGACAUGGCUUGGGCAAAAUCCAUAAGUGUGCGUACUGUGAAUAUAGUUCAGCUACAAAAGAGGCGCUUAUUAUACAUGAGCGUAGACACACUGGUGAACGACCAUACAUUUGUGAUCAUUGUGGAGCCAGCUUCUAUCGUAGAUCUACUCUAGUACAACACAUAGCUAUACACUUACCAGAAAAGAACUUUCAAUGUGACAUGUGCCCAAAAAGGUUAAAAUCGAAAAAGUUUCUCCAAAUACAUAAGCACAAUGCACAUACAGGGAAAAGGUAUGGGUACCUUUGUCCAAUAUGUGAACACCGAUUUGAGAAACCAAAUAAAGUCAGAGCACACACGAGACGGGUACAUGGCGUACCUGAUGAACAGCAUGGCGCUAUCGUGAGAAUUCAAUUGUAGUCCAAUCGUCCAUUGAGGCAACAAAGAAAGUAGAGCUAUUGGGAACUUUCUAAGCAUUCAUCAAUUUGUCUUUUUAACAAUAGACCCUUUUGUGAAGGUUCAAUUAUAGUCACCAUAAAUUUUUUUAAACAACAUUCCAACUAGGGAUGCAUCCAAUACCGAUAUAUAAAAUUUCGAGCUUAAAAAAGUAAUGUAAACGCGCAUCUUUUUUAAUCUAGUUUGUCUAAUCUAAUCUAUGCCCGGUGAAUCCCCGCGUUUUAUUCAGUGUUUUGUCUCUCACUGUUAUUGUCGCUUGUAGUAUGUUUUCGAUACCAAAUUAAAAACAAAAUUACAAAAAUCUUAUCAAUUUUAAUGUUUAACAGUUUUUUUUAUUUUAAUUAUUACACUUAAUUCUUCAUUUUAAUUACUUAACCUUUAAUCUUAUUCAAAGACUUUAUAUUUUUUUAAUAAAAAUUAAAAACUAACCAAACUUGAUAUAUUUUACCACAAUUUAAUUUUAAUUCACUAAGUAUUUAUAUGCAUAUUAGCAAUAUUUCCAUAAGAGUAUCACCAUCGUUUUGAUGCAUCCCUAAUUUUAAGUAAUUCAAAAUUUUCAGGAAUGUUUGUAAAAACUGGAAAGAGUCAGUUUUGUUUGACUCUGUAUUAGUGACAUUUUAUUGAUAGUUAAAAAAAGUCAUAGUAAGAAAGAAAUAAAUCUACAAUCAAAUGCUAUUCAAUCAUUUGUGAAUCGGGCUCCUGUUUAGCUUCGAGAUCCAGACCGUUAUCACUGUAUUUUUAUUGUUUUGUGUCAAAAUAAUAGUACUGACAUCAAUGGUGGGCGUGUCUUUUAUUGUAUGUACUCAAUCCUAUAAAGCCGUAUUUAAUUUAACUGUGAUACUCGUGUUUAUGAUAUAUUGAAUAUUGUUGCCAAAACGCAUUUGUAUAGCUAUUUGACAGUUCUCAUUGUAUUCUUUUACAGUAAAGCAUUUAACAAGCUGACAAACAUCAUAUAAUAUAUGUACAUUUAAUUUUUUUAUAACACUAUUAGCAACUAUAAAAAAAUUACGGAUUGUUGCGUUCUUUCUGUUGUGGCCAACGAUAUUAGGGAAUUCAUUUGAUUUGACACGCAACGUUAAUAGUUGUCUUAAGCUUAGAAACAUAAUGUCUAGCUAUAAAAAUAAUAAACAACGGUUUAUUUUAAUUUCUUAAGUUUUCACAACCGGCUAAUCAAAUGUGAACUGUCAAAACAUUGCAUUAAAUGCAACUUUUGUAAGUAUAUAAUAUAAUUAAUAUCUGCAUAAUAUACUCGUAAUCAUAGUGUCAUCUAGUCUUGUGUAAAUAUAUAAAAUAUUGCCUA